CAUCCUUCUGCUCACCUGCAGGUUCCGCUUCCUGGAAUGAAGUGGGUGGAUAAUCACAAAGGAGUUUUCAAUGUAGAAGUUGUUGCUGUAUCAUCUCUCCAUACUCAGGACCCUUACCUUGACAAGUUCUUUGCACUUGUCCAUGCUCUGGAUGAGCACAUGUUCCCUGUGCGAAUAGGAGACAUGAGAAUUAUGGAAAACAACUUGGAAAAUGAACUGAAGAGCAGCAUUUCAGCUUUAAAUUCCUCUCAACUGGAGCCGGUAGUGCGAUUUCUUCAUCUCCUGCUUGACAAACUGAUUCUUCUGGUAGUAAGACCUCCUGUCAUUGCAGGCCAAAUAGUUAACCUGGGCCAAGCAUCUUUUGAAGCAAUGGCUUCGAUCAUAAAUAGACUUCACAAGAACUUGGAUGGAAACCAGGACCAGCAUGGCAGAAACAGCCUUCUUGCUUCCUAUAUUUAUUAUGUUUUUCGCCUACCAAAUACCUAUCCCAACUCACCAUCACCAGGUCCCGGUGGCUUAGGGGGAUCAGUGCAUUAUGCCACCAUGGCUCGAUCUGCUGUCCGACCAGCAAGCCUUAACCUGAACCGCUCACGGAGCCUCAGCAACAGCAACCCAGAUAUAUCUGGGACCCCCACCUCACCUGAUGAUGAAGUUCGCUCGAUCAUUGGCAGUAAGGGUUUAGACCGCUCCAAUUCCUGGGUAAACACUGGUGGUCCAAAAGCAGCCCCAUGGGGAUCCAACCCCAGCCCAAGUGCAGAGUCAACACAGGCUACGGAUCGAAGUUGUAAUCGUAUGUCUUCGCACACUGAGACGUCAAGUUUCUUACAAACAUUAACAGGACGGUUACCAACUAAAAAGCUUUUUCAUGAAGAGCUGGCCUUACAGUGGGUCGUGUGCAGUGGGAGCGUGCGGGAGGCAGCCCUGCAGCAGGCCUGGUUCUUCUUCGAGCUGAUGGUGAAGAGCAUGGUGCAUCAUUUGUAUUUUGCUGACAAACUGGAUGCUUCAAGAAAGAAUCGUUUUCCUGAGCGUUUCAUGGAUGAUGUAACUGCUUUGGUCAGCACAAUUGCUGGUGAUAUAGUCUCUCGGUUUCAGAAGGAUACAGAAAUGGUUGAAAGGCUCAACACCAGUCUUGCAUUUUUCCUCAAUGAUCUAUUGUCUAUCAUGGACAGAGGAUUUGUUUUUGUUCUUAUUAAGACCUGCUACAAACAGGUGUCUUCAAAGCUGUAUUCCUUAACAAACCCAAGUAACCUGGCAUCUUUGAGGCUGGACUUCCUUCGCAUCAUUUGCAGCCAUGAACACUACGUCACCUUGAAUUUACCCUGCAGCUUACUCACACCGCCUGCAUCUCCAUCACCAUCUGUGUCUUCAGCAACUUCCCAGAGUUCUGGGUUCUCCACAAAUGUCCAAGACCAGAAGAUUGCAAAUAUGUUUGAAUUGUCUGUGCCUUUCCGUCAGCAGCAUUACUUGGCUGGGCUUGUGUUAACAGAACUGGCUGUCAUUUUAGAUCCUGAUGCAGAAGGUUUAUUUGGAUUGCAUAAGAAGGUCAUCAAUAUGGUACACAACUUACUGUCCAGUCACGACUCGGACCCGCGGUACGCUGACCCGCAGGUAAAGGCCCGGGUGGCAAUGCUGUAUCUACCUCUGAUUGGUGUGAUCAUGGAAACGGUGCCUCAGCUCUAUGAUUUUACAGAGAGUCACAAUCAGCGAGGGAGGCCGAGCUGCGUCGCUGCUGAUGAUUAUGAAGGCGAGAGUGGAAGCAUGAUAAGCCAGACAGUUGCCAUGGCCAUCGCAGGAACAUCGGUCCCUCAGCUCACCAGGCCCAGCAGUUUUCUACUCACCUCAUCGAGUGGCAGGCAGCACUCCACCUUCUCAACAGAGUCCAGCCGCAGCCUUCUGAUCUGUCUCUUGUGGGUGCUCAAGAAUGCAGAUGAAAGUGUCUUACAGAAGUGGUUCACAGACCUGUCAGUGCUGCAGCUCAAUCGCCUGCUGGAUUUGCUUUAUCUUUGCGUAUCCUGUUUUGAAUACAAGGGUAAGAAAGUGUUUGAAAGAAUGAACAGUCUGACGUUCAAGAAGUCAAAAGACAUGAGAGCCAAGCUAGAAGAGGCUAUUUUGGGAAGCAUAGGAGCAAGGCAGGAAAUGGUCCGAAGAAGCAGAGGACAGUUAGAGAGAAGUCCUUCUGGGAGUGCUUUUGGAAGUCAAGAGAAUUUGAGAUGGAGAAAGGAUAUGACUCACUGGCGUCAAAACACAGAGAAGCUUGACAAAUCACGAGCAGAGAUAGAACAUGAAGCACUUAUUGAUGGAAAUCUUGCAACAGAAGCAAAUCUAAUUAUUUUGGAUACACUAGAGAUAGUUGUACAGACUGUUUCUGUGACGGAGUCCAAAGAGAGCAUCCUCGGUGGGGUGCUGAAGGUGCUUCUGCACAGCAUGGCCUGCAACCAAAGUGCACUUUACCUCCAACACUGCUUCGCCACACAGAGAGCUUUGGUCUCAAAGUUCCCCGAGCUGCUGUUUGAAGAGGAGACUGAGCAGUGUGCAGAUCUGUGCCUGAGGCUCCUGAGGCACUGUAGCAGCAGCAUCAGCACAAUACGGUCACACGCGAGUGCCUCACUUUACCUUCUGAUGAGGCAAAACUUUGAGAUUGGGAAUAACUUUGCCAGAGUGAAAAUGCAGGUGACUAUGUCUCUCUCAUCCCUGGUGGGGACAUCCCAGAAUUUCAAUGAGGAAUUUUUACGACGUUCCUUGAAGACUAUUUUAACAUAUGCUGAAGAAGAUCUGGAGCUUAGAGAGACAACAUUUCCUGAUCAGGUCCAAGAUCUAGUGUUCAACCUCCACAUGAUCCUCUCUGACACAGUUAAAAUGAAGGAGCACCAGGAAGAUCCAGAAAUGCUAAUUGACCUGAUGUACAGGAUUGCAAAGGGCUAUCAGAAUUCCCCUGACCUGCGCUUGACCUGGUUACAGAACAUGGCUGGAAAGCACUCAGAGAGGAGCAAUCAUGCAGAGUCAGCACAGUGUUUGGUCCACUCUGCAGCCUUGGUGGCUGAGUAUCUGAGCAUGCUCGAAGACCGAAAAUACCUCCCUGUAGGAUGCGUUACAUUUCAGAACAUAUCUUCUAAUGUUUUGGAAGAGUCAGCAGUUUCUGAUGAUGUUGUGUCACCAGAUGAAGAAGGUAUCUGUUCUGGAAAGUAUUUCACAGAAGCUGGUCUGGUGGGAUUGCUGGAGCAGGCUGCAGCAUCUUUUUCCAUGGCUGGCAUGUAUGAAGCAGUUAAUGAGGUUUACAAAGUCCUUAUUCCUAUUCAUGAAGCUAACAGAGAUGCCAAGAAGCUAUCUACUAUUCAUGGUAAACUCCAAGAAGCAUUUAGCAAGAUUGUCCACCAGAGUACUGGCUGGGAGGUAGGUAACUCCGUUUAGUUAGUAAAGAACACUAAUAGAUUUAUCAGAUGACUCACGCCAAUGCUUGCCCACAUGUGCUAGUUGUGGGUAUUUCUGUUGCUGUCUGCUGUUAAAACUGAAUUCAUU